AUGCCAAAUUUACUCGCAGAUGGAGCUGGCGGGUUCAAAGUUCCCGGAACGUGCAUCGCCAACCAUGCGCUUAAUACUCGCUAUGGUCGCAAAUGGACUAUCAUUGGCUCGACCGAACUUUUCAUCAUCGGCGUGAUCAUCCAGGCCAUCAACACCCGUUCUUUGCCUGCCUGGUAUGUCGCGCGUAUUGUCGCAGGUCUGGGAAUGAGCGGCCAGAGCGUUGUGAUACCCAUGUACUCAGCGGAGAUGACGCCCAAGGAGAUCCGUGGUCGUUGCGGCUCUUUCUACCAGUGGAUGUAUGCCUGGGGUGUGUUCCUGGCAUACUGGGUGGACUAUGGGGUCCAACAAAACUCUUCGAUUGCAGGAACAUCUCGCGAGUGGCACUGGGCCACGUCAUUCUGUUUUUCCUUCUCGAGCCUUUACAUGAUCAAAAAAGAGACCCGGGGCAAGAACCUUGAAGUUGCCGCUGGUACUGAAUGGGAGUUUGCCGAACGGUCGUCUGAUGAUGAGAAGGGCGAGAGAGAACGUGGUGUGGAUGGAAGAAAAUUGCAGCUCGUCAGUGUUCAGGAGAACUUCCACACAAACCUCCGCCAAAGAUGA